AAACAGCUGUUCGGCGCGCGAAUCGAUAUAUCGCAAUGUGGAUGAUAUAGUUCGCCGAUUUAAUGCCGCUGCAUUUGUGAACGGGCGCCGAACGAGUUAAAACCGUGCAAUAAAUGCGGACUCUGAGCGCAGCUAUACGAGACCAACUGACAGGCCCGCAAAAAAUGCAAAUACCAGAAGUGCAUCUCUAUUGACCGGUUAAAUACUCGGCUGCGUGAAAAGUGCAUUUGCGAAUUGCAACUUCAUCGAGCGCCAAGUGCACUUGCCUGAAAAGUUGUUAAAAAAAAGCAAGGCGAAGAAACACAGUCUGCGUGUGGGAAAAUGUAAACAAACGAGUUAAAUAAAUAGCUAAAUAACAGUAAGAAGGAGAGUAGAACGUAACGAAAGUACCGAAAAAGCGCAGUGUUUUUGUUGUGCCGGCUGAAAUAACUGUGCUUGUGUGCGCGCGCGUUCGUGUGUGUGUGUGUGUGUGUGUCUGUCCGUCCGUCGGUGUGUGCGUGUCAGUGAGCAGACAACAAAAGGAACUCGGCUCGCUCUUCUUCUUCCUGCGCGUCCUACCCGUCGCCUAGUUUACCGUUACUUGCACUGCCAAAUUUGCAACAAAAACAAGUGGAAAUAGGGAGAUAAAUAAAUAAGCCGACGAAUUUCGAAUAGCAUAAAUAGUACUCCUGCCAAAAGAACAAAAACAGCAAAAAAUAACAGAAACGUCAGCUACAAAGACGCCCAAUCGAAUCGAAAAACAGAAAUGGCCUUGAUAAGACUGGCAAGACAACUGGGCCUGAUCGAUACCAUAUACGUCGAGGGUGCUCGCCCAGGACCCGAUAACGAUCCCGAGGAGUCGUUCAACGAGAUCGAAGCCACAGCAGCCAACGUGCCCAUUAAAAGCAAGAAGUCGAGGAAGUCCAAGCGACUAGCCAUGCAGCCCUACUCCUAUGUGAUUGCCGUGGACUUUGAGGCAACCUGCUGGGAGAAACAGGCUCCACCACAAUGGCGUGAGGCGGAGAUUAUUGAGUUCCCAGCAGUGCUUGUGAACCUUAAGACAGGAAAGAUCGAGGCGGAGUUCCACAAGUAUAUUCUACCCAUAGAGUCGCCCCGCUUGAGCACCUACUGUACGGAGCUGACGGGCAUCCAGCAGAAGACUGUGGACAGCGGAGUGCCGCUGCAGACGGCGCUAAUGAUGUUUCACGAGUGGUUGCGCAAGGAGCUGCGCGCCCGGAACCUCACCUUGCCCAAGAUGAACAAGUCCAACAUAAUGGGCAACUGUGCAUUCGUCACCUGGACGGACUGGGACUUUGGCAUCUGCUUGUCGAAGGAGUGCACACGCAAACGGAUGCGCAAGGCAGCCUACUUCAAUCAGUGGAUCGACGUGCGGGCCGUCUAUCGGUCGUGGUAUCAGUACCGCCCGUGCAACUUCACCGAUGCCCUGGAGCACGUGGGCUUGGCCUUCGAGGGCAGGGCCCACUCGGGGAUCGACGAUGCCAAGAAUCUGGGCGCCCUUAUGUGCAAGAUGGUGCGCGACGGUGCACUCUUCUCGAUCACCAAAGACCUGACGCCAUAUCAGCAGCUCAAUCCCAACUGCGUGUUGUGAGUUCCAGCGGCCAGCAAUCCCUCCAAAAGUUGUAACGGAACGGAGAAUAUCCAUUUAGUUGUUGGAUUUUAUUUAAAUAUUAAUAUAAAACGCAAUGAAAGGAUUGGUAUGGAGAUGAUGAAUAACUAAAGAGAACAUGCACGAAAAUUUAAAUUUCUUUUCUGUUUUUUUUUUUAAUAUUUGCCCUGAUUUUAUUGUAACGGCAAUUGAUAAGACUUGAACAAUUUGAAGCAUCGCAGCGAUCAUACAAAUAAAUAUAUAAAUAGCUAUAAAUAUGGCCUUAAGAGCA